AUGGAACUGUCUACAAAUGAUAAUUACCUAGAUGGGCAACUAGUUGCAGUAAAGCUUUUGGGCAAAGCCAUGGGAGAUGGAGAAGACCCGGUGCAUCGGGUGGGUUUUGACGCUGCAAGCUUCACUAUAGUGCUUUCUGUUAUGAGGAAAAUAAGGGCAUACCGUGCAUUGUAUAUUCUCAACUGGAUUUGUCGGUAUCUCACACAACCCCAUUUCAAUGGAUGGAUAUUUGGAAAAGCAAUUCCAAGCUUUAAUUGCCAGCAUGAGCAUCACCUACCUGGCUUGGCGUUUGAAGCUUCAAUUGCCAGCAUGAGCUUCAAAUGCCAGCAUAAGCAUCACCAAGCUUCAAUUCCCUUUCUACCCUUCACUUGCAGGUCGAUGAUUUGUCAAGAAUGUUCAGACUAUUUUCCAAAAAUACCCCAUGGAUUGGAUCCUAUCUCUAGUAUGCUUAAAAACCAUGUUGCUGCUGAAGGCACAACCUUGGUCAAACAGGCAGAAGAUGCUGCAAGUAAUAAGAGAUUGCAGGUUGAUCCUCCUACAUGGCCAAUAAUGAUCUUUAGGAUCUGCUAGAAGGAUUGGAGAUUGCAGUUAAGCUUCUAUCUAAGACUUCACCCCAAGGACCUGAUGAAUUUAAGCUAGCAAUGUUUUACUUGAUUUGGAAAUAAACCCUAAGAUAUCAUAUUUUGGCAUGGCUAGAAGCUUUGGAGGAAAUAAGACUCAAGCAAAAGUAAACACACAAAGAGUUGUUGGCACAUAGUAAGCUAGAUAAUGCA